AACGCCCGCAGAGACCACUUCCGGGUUCAUGGGGAGCGAAACACGGAUUAAAACCAGAUCUGGUUCGGGAGUCCGGCUCCGGCAGGGCCGACCGGGCCAGGGUUUACGUUUAGAAGAGGGACCGCCCCCCCCCCCCUGCGGCCCUCAGUGGUACGGUCCGGCGGGCGCGGGCUUUUCCCGGUGCGGCCACCCGGUGAGCGCGCUUCAGCGGGACGUGCAGCCGGGUCUCCCGGUCCUCCCGGUCCGCCCGGUCCGCCAGUGGGGCUGAGGACCAGGAAUGAACUGCGACGAGCUGGACCUGGACCCGCCGGUCAGAGCCGCCCUGCGGCGGGCCGGGUUGAAAGGUGUCAGAGACGUCCUGGGUGUCCCCGCUGUGGACCUGCAGAGACAGACAGGCCUGUUUCCUCAGGACGUCCAGAGACUGCUGUCCACCGCUGCUGCCGCCUGGAGGACCAGGGCCCCGGUCCCAGCGCUGCAGCUCGGUCCGGGUUGCGGGUUGGAGUCCGGCCUCAGGCUCAGUGUGGGGUGUCCCCUGCUGGACGAGCUGCUGAGGGGGGGUCUGCCUGCGGGGGGCGUCACCGAGCUGUGUGGACAGAGCGGAGCAGGGAAGACACAGCUGGCUCUGCAGCUGUGUCUCACCGUCCAGUACCCGGAGACACACGGAGGCCUGCAGUCCGGUGUCCUGUAUGUCUGCACUGAGGACCGGUUCCCCAUCAGGCGUCUCCAGCAGCUGAUCUCAGAACAGUCCCGUCUCCGUCCAGACGUCCCUCCAGAAGUCCUCAGUUGUCUGCGCUUCAGCGACCACGUCUACAUAGAACACACUGCGGACCUGGACUCCCUGCAGCUGUGCCUGUCCCGCCGGGCCCGGGUCCUGCUGGCCCGGGGCCUGGUGCGCCUCCUGGUGCUGGACUCGGUGGCCGCGCCCCUCAGGUGUGAGUUCCAGGCUGAUGAUUGGCUGACGAGGAACAAACAGCUGCUGAGCGUCUCCUGCAGCCUGCAGGCGCUCAGCAGGGAGUUCAGGGUCCCGGUGGUCUGCAUCAACCAGGUGACAGAUGUUUUCAGCCAAUCAGACGAGACUUUGGGCCCCUCCCCCUCCUCCCUAAGCCCCGCCCUGGGCCUGGCCUGGGCCAACCAGGUGACGGUCCGGCUGAUGAUGCGGCGUCUGUCUGGGACGGUCUCUGCAGGGGGGCAGAGCAGCGCCCCCCGCAGGCUGGAGGUGCUGUUCGCUCCACACCUGGCCAGAGGGGGGCGGGGCUGCGCCGUGUGGAGGGAGGGAGUGAGAGGAGUCGCAGAGGAGGAGCCUGGAGGAGGGGGAGGGGCCUGA